AUGGAGCUGCGGUCGGAGCUGCCUAGCGUGCCCGCUGCGCCACCCCCGGUACCCCCCAGCUCAGUGGCGGCCGCUGCUGCGGCGGCGGCGGCCACGCUGCCGGUGAGCGUGGCCGGGAGCUUGCUGCGGGCGCCGCCGCUGCUGCUGCGGGCGGCCGAGAAGUACCCGCGGACGCCCAAGUGCGCCCGUUGUCGCAACCACGGGGUGGUGUCGGCACUGAAGGGCCACAAGCGGUACUGCCGCUGGAAGGACUGCAUGUGCGCCAAGUGUACCCUCAUCGCCGAGCGCCAGCGCGUCAUGGCCGCUCAGGUGGCGCUGCGCCGGCAGCAGGCGCAGGAGGAGAACGAGGCCCGCGAGCUCCAGCUGCUCUACGGCACCGCCGAGGGGCUGGCGCUGGCGGCCGCCAACGGCAUCAUCCCGCCCCGGCCCGCGUACGAGGUGUUCGGCUCCGUCUGCGCCGGGGGAGGCGGCGAGGGAGGCGCCGGCGCCUCAGAGUCCAAGAUGCAGAAGUUCGAGCUGUUCCCCAAGACGCUGCUGCCGAGUCGCGCCGUCACCCCGCAGCAGGCGGGCGGGAAGCCCCUCUCCCCGGACGGCGAGUCCGUGCCCGGCACCUCCUCCCCAGAUGCUCGCCACGGCUCGGGCUCGGAGAACGGGGACGGCGAGUCCUUCCUGAGCUCACCCGUCUCCAAGGGUCCGAAGGAGGGCGAGGAGAGCCCGGGCUCCAUCAGCCCGCUGGGCUCGGACUCGGGCUCAGAGGCGGACAAGGACGAGCAGGACCCGUCGCCCUCGGCCGGCGGCCGGCAGCGGACUCCCAUCGACAUCCUGACGCGCGUCUUCCCGGCGCACAAGCGCAGCGUGCUGGAGCUGGUGCUGCAGGGCUGCGGCGGGGACGUGGUACAGGCCAUCGAGCAGAUCCUCAACAACCGCGGCCCGGAGAAGGGCCCCGAGGAGGGCUGGGCCCGGGACGGCUCCUUGCAGGGCCUGCCGCCCAGCCCCGCCGCCGCCGCCGCCCACCACCGGCCCUUGAUCGCCGGCGCCAUGGCCCCGGCCAUCGGCACCCUGGGCAGCCGCUCCGCCUUCUCCCCGCUGCAGCCCAACGCCACGCACUUCGGGGCCGAGGCCGGCGCCUACCCCCUGGGCACCCACCUGGGACUGAACCCCCUGCGCCUCGCCUACUCGGCACACAGCCGCGGACUGGCCUUCAUGACCCCCUACUCCACGGCCGGGCUGAUGCCCACGCUGGGGUUCCGGCCGCCCGUGGACUACGCCUUCAGCGACCUGAUGCGGGACCGCUCCGCCGUGCACAAGGAGCAGGUGUACUCCAGCGGGCUCUACGGGCCCAUGGUCAACAACACCCCCGAGAAGCAAUAG